UCCGGGGCCUGCAAAUCACUUGCCGCCACUCUAACGCCGGGUCACGGGCAAUUGUGGGCCACUCAGUUUAUGCAAGUAUGUACAUGUAGGACCAAGGAACAAUCGUAUAAGAAGCAGCAGGUGUCGAGACAUUGAGAAGUUAAUUUGUAUUUCUAGUUAUCUUUCUUAUAUACACUUCAUUAGUCUGCAACAUAAAAAAUAUAUCGAAUUCAAGUCACAUUAUCAAAACACCACAACACCUUAGACUAUCAAUAUGCCCGAGACCUACCCUUCCGCUCAGACUGGCAAAAUUGACGCCGACUCGCAGCCGAACCCGCCUAGCGAGGCAGCUCAGCCUCAGGGCGCAAAACUCUUCGCCGCUCACAAGGCCACACCAGGUCCUGUCAUUCCCCAGAGCAUGCCUGAACAGGAAGGGACUAAAGAAGAGCGUCAGGCUAAAGCUCAAGAGCUGAACAAGAACAAAUAAAGCUGAGCGUGGAUCUAUGAGAUGGCUUCAACUACAGCUGAGAAUGAAGUUGUAGCUUACUAGAAUGGAAUGGGUUCACGAGGGGACAUGGAAGUUUUAAGGCUUCCGGUUGUGUAUCUUAAGUGUAAUGAUAAAUGAUUGUUAUGGAUGCCAAAUAGUUAUCCGUAUUAUGAUAAAAGUAAUCGAUACUGUACUACUAGUGAUUUGGCUCAGCAGCGUACGAGAUGACUGACAAGAUGACGCACGCAGCGAUUUGUAGUGGAAUUUGUAAAUCUUCUGACAUGCAUGUAUUUAGGCUCCUAGGCUUCGAUUUUGUCAUAAGACGCAUCGUAUUGUCACCGAGUCUUUGAACAGAUUGACCGCUGUCUUGCGAAUACAUGCAUAAUUUUGGAUGCCAGGUAGGUAGGUAGGUAGAUACAUAAAAUUACGAUG